UUAGAAGUGGAGCUCAUCAUCUCCUCUCCUCUCCUUCGAUCAUUAAAAGUCAAUAUUCAAUAGUUUUCUGGAAGGGCACCGAUCCGCCUGGUUGCUUGGAAUUGUAUUUCGCCUUUUUGGCGCAUUCGGACUUUUCUUCUCGCUGCAAUCAAACCCUAGCUGUAGUAGAUCAACGACGUGAUGUUGGGCGUUUUCAGGCGGAAGGCUGCUUCGUGCGCUUCAUCUGCUUGGGUGUAUGGGAGAGUGGAUAAGCUCAAACCUGCAGUUUCUGCGUUGCGAGCGAGUUCUGCAGUCUCUGAAGAGAUCACACAUUACACCAGACAAUUUUACAAUGUUCGAAUGAUAUGUCACGUUCCAUUGGCUGGACGCAUGAUGACUCUGCUGCCAAAGAGGGAACUGGUGGGGUGUCUUCAGCAUGAUGCCAGUGUGCAGAUUUGGAGCAGAUCAUUCAGUUCUAACGAUGGUGAUGUUUUUGAAGCUGUUGUCCCUUUUAUGGGUGAAUCUAUAACUGAUGGCACCUUGGCAACAUUCUUGAAAAAACCUGGCGACAGAGUAGAAGUUGAUGAGCCAAUAGCCCAAAUUGAAACAGAUAAGGUGACUAUUGAUGUCAACAGCCCUGAGGCAGGUGUGAUCAAGGAGUUCAUAGCUAAGGAAGGAGAUACUGUGGAACCUGGCACCAAGGUUGCUAUUAUAUCAAGAUCUGGUGAAGGUGCUACCCAUGUUGCACCCUCUGAUGCUAAAACAUCUACAAAAACUUCUUCGCCUCCUGCUGAAGAGAAAAAGGAGAAGCCUGCACCUAAAGUUGAAAAAGCCCCAAUUGUUGAGAAGCCCAAGGGAAGUCCUCCUCCUCCUCCUCCGAAACCAUCAGCUGCAGAACCCCAACUACCCCCCAAAGAUAGAGAAAGACGAGUUCCAAUGACAAGACUAAGGAAGAGAGUUGCAACUAGACUGAAGGAUUCUCAGAACACCUUUGCAUUGUUGACAACAUUUAAUGAAGUUGAUAUGACCAAUUUGAUGAAGCUACGAUCCGAUUACAAGGAUACAUUUGUUGAAAAACAUGGAGUGAAGCUAGGACUGAUGUCUGGAUUUGUAAAAGCAGCUAUCAGUGCACUUCAGAAGCAGCCAAUAGUAAAUGCAGUCAUUGAUGGGGACGACAUCAUCUAUAGGGACUACGUAGAUAUUAGCAUAGCUGUUGGCACCCCCAAGGGUCUGGUUGUUCCAGUUCUUCGCAAUGCUGAGGCCAUGAAUUUUGCCGAGGUUGAAAAGGAGAUCAACAAUCUAGCUAAGAAGGCCAAUGAUGGCUCCAUAUCGAUUGAUGAGAUGGCCGGGGGAACGUUCACCAUUUCCAACGGCGGUGUCUAUGGAAGUCUUUUGAGCACUCCCAUCAUCAACCCUCCUCAGUCUGCCAUCCUGGGAAUGCACUCAAUAGUGAACCGUCCCAUGGUUGUUGGAGGUAACAUCGUCUCGAGGCCUAUGAUGUACAUUGCUCUGACGUACGACCACAGGCUGAUCGACGGGAGAGAGGCAGUGUUCUUCCUGCGAAGGAUCAAAGACGUGGUGGAAGAUCCUCGCCGACUGCUGUUGGACGUAUGAAGAUCAGCGAUCAUCUCCCCUCUCAAGCUGGUGACGCCCAGCCCCCUUUCAUGCGUGAUUAUUUAUUUCCCAUAUAAUCGAGUUGGAACGAGCACCCAGUUUCCCCAUGGGUGAGAAAAUAAAUUCACAGUACUUAACAAGUUUUGUAGUUCUUGUUCAUUCUGGUAUUUUUUUUGUGUUUUUCCCCGGACACCGGAUCGCCUGUUUGAUGUAGCUUUCCCAAAGCCGAAUUGCUUUGACAACUCUGGACACAUCGACAAGAAAAAAAAACAACAUUAUACA